CAGAGGGGGCAACUUGACCGCCGUCCCAUCCCUCCGGUCACUCCCCCGGUGUUGGACCUUCCUCUUUGGCUGGAGAGGCGCAGAAGGGGAGGACGCGCCCUCCGCGCUCGGCUGUCUCCGCCCCCUUCCCAGCAGCCAAUCGCUGGCGAGACGCUGGGCGCGCGCACGCUCUCUCGAGUUUAACGGUCGCGCGAGGCCGCUUGCUGUACCGUGACAUCGGCAGCUGGAGCGGCGGCCAGACUCUCUUGGAAGUUUAGGAUAUUUCGUGGUUCUGAAUGUUAGCAACUGAAAAUGCCGGUAGACGAUGAAGCAUCUGAAGAUGACACGGAUUCAGUUUCCUCAAACAGUCAAAGAAUCUUUAUUUUCCAAUAAGAGAGUAUAACAAUUUCUGUGCAUUAUGGGAGAUUUUGACUUGGUGGAAACCUUACAGAAAACUUCAUCUUCUGUAGAAUCUGAUAUCAAAAAUUUUCCCCAUUCUUUUGGACCGAACUUAAAUACCAAUAGAAGUAGUCCCCACCUUAGUACAAACGGGGUAUCCUCUUUCUCAGGGAAGACCAGACCAUCUGUCAUUCAAGGGACAGUUGAAGUCCUGACUUCUUUAAUGCAAGAGCUACAAAACAGUGGAAAGACUGACUCGGAACUUUGGAAAAACUGUGAGACCAGGUGGUUACAACUAUUCAAUUUGGUCGAAAAACAAUGCCAAGAACAGAUAGUUGCCCAGCAGGAACAGUUCCACAACCAAAUUCAACGUAUACAAGAGGAGAUAAAAAAUUUAGUCAAAUUACAGACGAGUGAUACUUCUUGGGCUUCCUAUGAUAGAAGUUCUUCAUGCAAACAAGUAUCAUCAGAAAGUCAAAUGGGUUUUUUUUCUGAAAACAGUGAGAGAAAUGAAUCUGUUAUCAGUUACCCUAAAUCUAAAGAAACUGAAAUGCAUCAAGAAACGUCCUCAUCACAACCAGACUGUAACAUGGACAGUAGCUCAGUGAGCAGUGGGUAUGGUACUUUUUGUGUCUCAGAGUUAAAUACAUACAAACUUAAAGACCCUAAAGAGUUCAUGGAGCACACAGACGUUUCUAAAGGACAGUACGUAGCACCUGUGGUUCAGUCUGAUUCGCUGGUAGACAGUGUGAAAAACAAGGGUUUUUAUAUACAGACUACUGAAGAGUUUGGUGCAUCUUUAAAGGAAGAUAUUUCCAUUUUUCCUGGUGAAUUUGAACAUAAUUUUCUUGGUGAAAAUAAGAUUUCUGAAGUAUACAGUGGAAAAACAAAUAGUCAUUAUAAACCUGCCAAAAAAAUCUGUAACAUCAUGGCACAAAAGCUGAAGCAGACCAACCAAAGACGAGCACAUGCAGAAGACGAAUGUUCAAGAUCUAAGCCAGGAAAUGAGCAAAGCAAGAAACCACCAACUGAGAGAACUGAUUUUGCUGCUGCUGCUCCACAUCCUUGUGGUUUUUAUCUCAGUAAACCAGAUGAAACUCCAAAUUCUUGGAUGUCUGAUUCAGGAACAGGACUGACUUACUGGAAACUAGAGGAGAAGGACACGUAUCACUCUUUACCUGAAACUUUAGAGAAGACUGUUGUACCGUUGUCCUCCACAAAUAUGUUAUCCGGGCAGCCUAAUACUAGUAAUGAGAUGAAGCUACCAUCACUGAAGGAUAUUUAUCAUAAAAAACAAAGGGAAAACAAGCAGUUACCUGAGAGGAAUCUCACUCCUGCUUCCAACCCAAAUCAUCCUCCAGAGGUACUGACUCUAGAUCACUCGUUACAUAUGAAGCCAAAUCAGCAGAUUUCAGGGAUUCAGCCACAUGACUUUUUGAAUGCCCUUGAUGACAGAAUAUCCUUUUCACCAGACUCUGUUCUAGAACCUAGUAUGUCUAGUCACUCUGACAUAGACUCAUUUUCACAAGCAAGUAAUGUUGCUUCUCAGUUAUCUGGAUUCCCCAAAUAUCCUACAAAUACAAAAGCCUCCCUGAUGGACUCCUGGAAAAGUCAUGCAUUCCAAAACGAAAGCAGGACCAGCUCCACGUUUCCUUCUGUAUAUACUAUCACCAGUAAUGAUGUCUCCGUCAACACUGUAGAUGAAGAAAACACUGUCAUGGUAGCUUCAGCCUCUGUCAGUCCGUCCCAGCUUCCAGGUACAGCCGGUGGGGUCCCAGACUGCAUUUCAUUGACUUCCGUGGAAGACCCUGUGAUACUGUCCAAGAUUAGGCAGAAUCUGAAGGAAAAGCAUGCCCGACACAUAGCAGAUCUUCGAGCUUAUUAUGAAGCAGAAAUAAGUAGCUUGAAACAGAAGCUGGAGGCAAAAGAAAUUUCUGCAGUUGAAGACUGGAAAAAAACCAAUCAAAUUCUUGUAGACAGGGUCAGUUUCUCAAAGUCCAUGUUUAAUGACUUGAGAGAACGGUUCAGCGCAGCCAGCAGUGCCUCCAAAAUUUUGCAGGAACGAAUUGAGGAAAUGAGAACAAGUAAUAAAGAAAAAGACAAUACCAUCAUUCGACUAAAAUCUAGACUGCAGGAUUUAGAAGAAGCAUUUGAGAAUGCUUACAAACUCUCAGAUGAUAAAGAAGCUAGGCUAAAACAAGAAAACAAAAUGUUUCAAGAUCUUUUAGGAGAGUAUGAGUCCCUUGGAAAAGAACAUGGAAGAGUAAAGGAUACAUUAAAUACAACUGAGAACAAAUUGCUUGAUGCACAUACUCAGAUUUCUGAUUUGAAAAGAAUGAUUUCAAAACUUGAAGCUCAGGUCAAACAAGUGGAGCAUGAAAAUAUGUUAAGCUUUCGUCAUAAUUCUAAAACUCACGUGAGACCCUCUCGUUGGACGAAUAAGUCUGCAACUUCUGACUCAAGCAGGUCCAAGUGCGUGAUUUCGCAGCCAGAGUAUUCCAUCUUCACUGGCCAGCCCCUGGACAUCCAGGGCAGUAGCGUAGAUCACCAGCUGGAGGAAACCUGUGUCCCUGGGUACCAUUCCCCUCCAGAAAAGGAUUCUUCACCUGAAAGUUCACCAACAAGCUUAUUGAUGAAAAACCAAAGAGAGACUUCAGACUACACGAACACUUCAGUCAAUGCAAGUCGUUCCCCAGAAAAAUGUGCCCAACAGAGACAAAAGAGACUUAAUUCUGCUUCACAGAGAUCAUCCUCUUUACCACCUUCAAAUCGUAAAUCAAGCACUCCAACAAAGAGAGAGAUUAUGUUAACACCAGUGACUGUGGCUUAUAGUCCAAAGCGAUCCCCUAAAGAAAAUUUCUGUAUGGGAUUCACACAUUUGUAUAUUUCUAAGUAACUUGCUUCAUUCAAUAGAUUUGAUAUACUUUUGGAUGAUUUAGAUACUGUUCCUGUGUCGACAUUACAACGUACCAAUCCAAGAAAACAACUCCAGUUUCUUCCUCUAGAUGACCCGGAAGAAAAAAAAUAUUCAGAAAAAGCUACCGACAACCAUGUUAAUCAUAGCUCUUGCCCCGAACCGUUGCCAAAUGAAAUGAAGAAAGUAUCUGUGAGACCAGCCUGGGAGAAGAAUAAAUCAGUUAGCUAUGAACAGUGUAAGCCUGUUUCAGUAACACCACAGGGUAAUGAUUUUGAAUAUACAGCAAAAAUUAGGACCUUAGCUGAAACGGAACGAUUUUUUGAUGAACUUACAAAAGAAAAGGACCAGAUUGAGGCAGCUCUAAGCCGGAUGCCUUCUCCUGGAGGACGAAUCACUUUACAGACAAGAUUAAAUCAGGAAGCCUUGGAAGAUCGUUUGGAAAUGAUUAAUCGGGAACUGGGUUCCGUUCGCAUGACACUAAAGAAAUUUCAUGUUUUGCGCACCUCUGCAAAUCUUUGAGAUUUGUAGCCAUUAAAUUUUGAGACAUUUUUGUUUGCACUAAUGUAUAAUUAUGCACUCAGAAAAGGCAAACUAUUUUGUACUGUUUAUAAGCCUUCCAACAGUAGUUUUACAAUCACGCUAUUCUUACACUUGCUAUUUUAUACUUCAAAUGGCCACAUAUUUUCAAGAUAUUUUUGUUAUGCUCAGGAAUCUCUUGUAUAUUUUACUAUCUAAAAAGUAUUAUUUUAAAAUAGUAUAUGUCUCCAAUUUAUAUUAAGAAUUAAGGAAAUUUAAACAGGAGGCAGCUUGUUUCUAAACAAAUAGUGUUAUCCUUUUAAGAUUAACUUUGCACACCAAUUUUAUAAACUUGUUCUACAUUGUAAAUAUGAUUCAAUUUUUAAAAAUAAAGCUGAACAGCUUCCAUAA